AUGGGCCCCUGUACCGCCUCCUCAUGCUGCUGCCAGGCCCGUAAUCUGCCAUGGGCCCCUGUACCGCCUCCUCAUGCUGCUGCCAGGCCCGUAAUCUGCCAUGGGCCCCUGUACCGCCUCCUCAUGCUGCUGCCAGGUCCAGAGUCUCUCAUGGGUCCCUGUACGGCCUCCCAUUGCUGCUGUCUCCAUCGCCACACUCUGCCAUGUGCCACUUUCAGGUCUCCUCACACUGCUGGUGUGUUCCAUUUUUUGUCAUAGGGUGCUGGCAGAUUACGGGCCUCCCAUUGCUGCUGCCAGGCCCGUAAUCUGCCAUGGGCCCCUGUACCGCCUCCUCAUGCUGCUGCCAGGUCCAGAGUCUCUCAUGGGUCCCUGUACGGCCCUCCCAUUGCUGCUGUCUCCAUCGCCACACUCUGCCAUGUGCCACUUUCAGGUCUCCUCACACUGCUGGUGUGUUCCAUUUUUUGUCAUAGGGUGC